AUGAGCCACAAUCUCUGGCGCUGCCUUCUCGAAGACGAUGUCGAUACGUUUCGGCAAUACCUGGCGAACGCCACCUUCGCCUCCGGCGCUCCCAGAGCUUCCGGCACUGGCCAAGUUGGCGGUACUGCGCUGAGAAUUGGUAGCCCAGGAACCUUGGCCGUUUCCCCAAAGACGCCGCUGAAGUCGCGAAAGAGUUCGGGCAAUGCUCCUAGUAGCACCACACCGGGCAAGAGUGCGGGAUUGACCCUCACUCGAGCCGAGGUGAAUACCAAGGACACCUUUGGGAGAACGAUACUGCACCAUGCUGCGUCGUCAAGAUCGGAAGAUGCGCUGGCUUUCGUGAAGGCUUUGCUGGAAAUGCCAAUAUUGGAUCUUUAUGCCCAGGAUAUCGAGAGUGGAUGGACUCCACUACAUCGAGCGCUGUACUUUGGCAACAUUUCCAUCGCCCAUGCUCUUAUGGCUCGGGACAUCCACGAUGCCACGGACUACACUACCAACACUCAGCGUACCCAUGCGGGAGGCUUGGUGAGAAUCAAGGAUCGCGAGGGCAAUAGUCCCUUCGAAGUUUUCGGUCUGACCAUCGCCCCUCGCUCUAUCCAUCAGGACCCCUCAACUCUGCCCUCUGGUGUCAGUGACAACGAUAGCACCAACGGUGUGGACUACAAUGAAGACGGUCGAGAGGACAAGAGGACGACGGGGCACAAUGUCACUCUGGUCGAUUUGGUCGGCGACGAAGUGUACGCUUUUGGAAGCAACAAAAACCUUUCCCUGGGCGUAGGAGACGGGGAUGACAGACAUUUUCCGGAGCGUCUCCAAUUUGUGCGACCCGAUCACUUGCUACGUCGUCUUCUUGAUGACCAUCUAGCGGCGAGACAGAAAGCAUUGGUCAAUGAAGAUCUAGCCUCGAGUGCCGGUGAUGUUCGGCUACAGAGCGAUAUUCCGGCCAUCAUACGCUAUCGACCUAUCGCGAUCCAGAAUGUGGUCAUGUCAAAGCUUCAUACCGCCGUGUUGACUGACGAUCCGAUUUGCAAUCUCUACAUGUGUGGCUUCGGUCGCGGUGGCCGGUUAGGUACUGGCGACGAGAACACCUCCUUCACGUAUCAGUGCAUUCAGACCGGCGGGCUCGCCAGGCGUCGCAUCUCUGCAAUAGCUCUCGGCCAAGAUCACACUGUGGCGGUUUGCUCACAAGGUGAAGUCUACACCUGGGGGAGUAAUCGAUACGGGCAAUUGGGAUAUUCCCUACCAGAGGUCCCCCAGAACGAGGUUCCGAUGCAAUUGACACCACGUCAGCUGUAUGGAUUUAUCAAAAAGGAGCUCAUAAUAGGUGCAGCAGCUUCUGCAACACAUUCAGCCAUUUACACCUCGGACGCGCUCUACACCUUUGGCAAAAAUGAGGGUCAACUUGGAUUGAUGGAUGCAGAUGCACGCUCACUUGAGAUGCAAGUACUACCACGUCGAAUAGGCGUGUCGGUGCUGCAAUCAUCCAUUCAAUCAGUCAGUGCAAUCGACCGUGCCACGAUUGUUCUACUUGAGAACCACGAGGUCAUUGUCUUCACUCAUUAUGGCUGGACCAAGGUGGUUUUUCCGCUGGAGACUUUCGCCAAUUACUACAUCUCCGACACGUCACCUACAGCUUACAAUAUGGAGUCGAAUUAUAUCAAACAGAUCACCAGUGGCGGAAACACGAUAUGUGCGAUGUCUUCUUACGGGGAGGUAUUCUCCAUCGAGGUCCCCAAGGCGGAGAAUGUGCCGUCACACAUGUCAACGACCAAUCCCACCAAGGCGCGCAACGCUCUCCCUCAGCCUUCACGCUUGUGGUCGAUCCGUAAGGCUCAUAUGUCUGCUGUCGACGUUGCCGUUGGUCAGCACGGCUCGAUCAUUCUUUGCACAGCUUCCGGAUCGGUUUGGCGCAAGGAAAAACGCGCCAACAUCAAAAAUGUUCGAGAAAUGAACACUGGCACGGCACGACCGAAAGACUAUAAGUUUGUUCGAAUUCCUAACUUGACAGGGGCCGUCGCUGUCAGGAGUAAUGCUUACGGAGCAUUCACUGCUGUGCGGAAAGACUGCACUGUCACGCGUGAUCAGAUCAUUCCUGAUCCACCGUCUCUCUGGAAUGAUGUGCGCUCAUUACUUCCCUUUGCAGCAUAUGGGAAAGUCGAUACGAGAUCAACAUCAAAUGCUGACCCGGCUAGUAUUUGCCGAGCCAUCAUCCGCACGCCAUCUGCAGAGGAGGACAUCCUGGAUAUCUGCAAGCAAUACGAGCCUUUGGCACAAAGCCAGUACGAUCUGUGGGUCACGUCAAACCUCACCGAUGUCCGAAUCCCGGUCCAUUCUUUUAUUCUCACGGCGAGGAGCCGUGUCAUGCGAAGCGCAUUGGCUGAAUUCCAGGAAACAUACUACUUCUCCAUUGCGGAUGUCGUCUCAAUUCAAUACGGACAAGAUGGUCAAAUAGAGGUGCAAUUACAGGGUGCCGACUUCUUGACCCUCGUCAACCUAGUGUUUUAUCUAUAUACGGAAAAUCUGGUUGACGUGUGGCACUACACAUCUAAGGCAUUACAUCUCGCUUCCCGCUAUCGAGCCGUCCGCAUUGAGCUGAUGAAGAUCGCGGCUCAUCUUGAAUUGCGACAAUUGGAGCGUGCUGUGAGAACCAUGGUUGAUCCAGCUCUCAGUCUUAACAAUGACAUGGACCUUGCUAUCCUCGAGACCAACUUUUUUUCAGACGCCGAUGUUCUGAUUGAACUUGCAGAUGGCGCCGAACUGCCCGCACACAGUGUGCUGCUCUGUAUUCGAUGUCCGUUCUUUGACAGACUUUUCAACGGCCGAGCCGGUGGGCUGUGGAUGUCUACAAGACGCACCGCGGCCGAGGAUAAGUCUGAAGCAGUACGGGUGGAUCUCAAACAUAUUGAUGAAAGAACCUUCAGAAUGCUGCUACGACAUCUCUACGCCGAUACUGGAGAAGAGCUCUUCGACGAUCUUGUCACCCAGAGCCUGGGUGAGUUUAUCGACGUGGUCAUCGAGUUGAUGGCUGCUGCCAACGAACUGAUGCUGGACCGACUAGCACAGAUCUGUCAGCAGACCCUCGGCAGAUAUGUGAACGUGAGAAACGUUUGUUCACUCCUCAACACUGUUGCCGAGUGUUCGGUGGACAGUUUCAAACGGGCGGCACUCGAGUAUAUCUGUCUCAACCUCGAAAGCUUGUUGGAAAUGAAACUGCUUGACGAAUUGGACGACGAACUGUUCUCUGAACUUGAUGAAGUUGUGCAGGCAAAUCAGUUGGCUUAUCUCCCCUUCGCACGUAGCGAACGUUGCGAGGCCCAACUCCUGGAAAAGCACCCGGACCUACUCGAUAAGAUUGAGGCCGGAAGACAGAGGAGGAUAGAUUCCAUGAGGUUGAGAUCGAGGCUAGUGGACGAUGAGCAGCGAUAUGCUGUGACCGCCAAAUUCCGGAUUGGAAGUGUGGAACGGCAAACACCUUCCUCCGUCGCUAGGAGCUAUAUACCUGUACCGGGCGCUGACUCGCCGGCCAGCACUCCAAGUGCAAGCCCAGCCAUCAUGGCAAAUGACGCCGGUGACUACCUGCCAUUUGAUAUGGACGAUGAAAAGUCAUACUUUUUGCCCAGCCCCGCCACCACUGGAACACGACAUUCAGACACCCCAAUAGGUUCAUUCCGAGAAAGCCCUAAACCUUCGGCAAAGGCUCGAAAAUGGGAUGAUGGAUCCCUCUCUGCCCGAGACACGUCUCAAGAGGAGCUUGCGACCUCGCCACUCUCCGCUAGUGAGCAUCCUGUGAUCCCAAAUACUCCUGUGAUGCGCCGAAAUGGAUUUGAGCGAAGGGCAACUUGGCAAAUGCCCACACCAACCGCCACCAAGAAUGACUUGAAGGGUAUAAUGGAACAAGCCUCGGCGUCUCGGAUAUCCCAUCUGACCCAAGCAAUGAAGACAGCCUCGACCCCGUCUAAGGCAACGACCAAGGUGUCGCAGAAAGAGAGGAAGCGACAACAGCAGCUAAUGAAGCAACAAGAGGCUAGGAGUCUAGAGGCGAACAGCGCAUGUACCAAGGUUGAGACCAAAACACCUUCAUCUCCGUGGCAGGCUGUUCCAAAGACACCCAACCCCAACCCCUCGCCAGGUAUUCCGAACCAGUCCCCUGAUUCAGCAUCCGCCAGAAAGGUGCCAUCCAAGCAGUCCCUUACUAUGCGACAAACUGUGGCCGGAGGGAGCCUAAGUCCCAGCUCUGGGCCAGCCAGGGCGAGUCCAAGAGGCGUUCCUGCCAGCAUUACAUCCCCGUCUAAAGCGGCGCCGCCGCAGAUCCAGUCGAUCCGCCACACUCCGUUGCCAUCCAGAACGACAUCGGCGAUUGACGCACGCACAUCGAUGGCGGAGAUUCUAUCCCAGCAGCAGAUAGAGAAGAUAGCAGUCAAAGAGGCCACCGCCAAAAGAUCAUUGCAAGAGAUUCAACAAGAACAAGAGUUCCAGGAAUGGUGGGACAACGAGAGCCGACGGGUACAGGCAGAAGAAGCCCAGGCCAAUCCGGCAGCCGCCCGGCGUGGUAAGGGCGGUCGCGGUCGAGGUGGACAUGGUGCAGGAAGUGGCAAAGGGAAGGCAGCAACAGGAACAGAGUCGACGGGCCCAGAGGGAGCGGUGGCAGCGUCUCCAACGGAUUCUGGACGGAGAAGCGGUGGCCCACGGCACAGUGACGGUCGGGGGCGGGUCCGUGGAAACACACCGCAACGAGGGACAAGGCAUCAAUAG